GUCCGACACUUGUGAUGUGCCUCAAACGACAGAAAGGAGCCAAAGGGGGAAGUGGUUUGAUAUAUUAAGGGAAGCCAAGAACUCCAGCCAAGUGGCCAAGGGAGGGAGUGUGGAGCGGGAGCCGGAAGUGUGGGCUGGUUCUGGCCUCUCCCGGGCCUCUUUGGAAGAGAUGACCAGUCCUGGGCCUUUCUUUCUUUCUUUCUUUCUUUCUUUCCCGGGAGAGAGAGCCGCGUGGCCGGAGUGGCCGGAGUGGCCCAGGAGGGGUCCCGUGUCUUUCGGAGAAGGGGCUGCGCGUGGAGGAAGGAUGGAUCGGGGGGCCCCCUCCACGGAGGUCUUGAAGGAAGAACCAGACCAGGAGGCCUCUCCCGAUCAUGGCCGGAAGAAGGGUCCUUCUCGUGGGCAGCAUGGGAUGUUCUUGAGAUCCUCUCAGCGGAGAGCCAAGGACGGAGGAGGAGGUCUGGGGAGGAAGCUGAGGAGGGACAGGACCCUCCCGGAUCAGGGCGAAGGCGCCUCUCCAAUCCCACAUCAGAAGAGAAAUCGUCCUGUGAAGAAACUGGAAUGUGGGCAGAGCAUCACUGAGAGUGGAGGUCUGCAUUCACAUCCAGAAACCCACUCUGGGGAGAAACCCUAUAAAUGCCUGGAGUGUGGGAAGAGCUUCACUCAGAGAACGUAUCUACAGAGUCAUCACAGAAUUCACAAGGGUGAGAAACCCUAUAAAUGCCAGGAGUGUGGGAAGAGAUUCACUGAGAGUAGAUCUCUAUGUUUACAUCAAAGAAUACACACUGGGGAGAAACCUUAUAACUGCCUGGAGUGUGGGAAGAGCUUCACUCAUAGUACAGGUCUACAUUUACAUCAAAGAACACACACGGGGGAGAAACCCUACAAAUGCAUGGAGUGUGGGAAAGACUUUCCUUAUCACUCCGGUCUGAAAGAGCAUCUGAAGAUCCACACUGGGGAAAAAGGCUUUUCAUGUCCGCAAUGUGGAAACAACUUCCGUAGUCCUUCCACCCUCAAAUCACACCAGAAGGUUCACACCGGAGAGAAACUCUAUGCGUGUCCUGAAUGUGGAAGACGCUUUGCUCAUCGCUUGACCCUAAUUAUACACCGGCGGCUUCACACGGGGGAAAAGCCAUUCGAAUGCUCUGAUUGUGGGAAGACCUUCCAUCAGAAACCACACCUCGUUGUGCACCGGAGAGUUCAUACGGGGGAGAAGCCCUACCAGUGUGAUGAUUGCGGAAAAACCUUUACUCAGGGAAGCCACCUUACGAUCCACCGGAGAAUCCACACGGGAGAGAAACCUUACAGUUGUAUGGACUGUGGGAGGACUUUUGCAACAAAGACAACCCUUGGGUCUCACCAAAGAACCCACACGGGAGAGAAGCCCUACAUUUGUUUGGAAUGCGGGAAGAGCUUCAUCCAUAACUCAGCCCUGAAUUCGCAUCGGAAAACCCACACCGGGGAGAAGCCGUAUCCCUGCUUCGAGUGCGGAAAGAGCUUCAGAAAUGGGUCUAAUCUCACUUCUCACCAGAGGACCCAUUCUGGUGAGAAGCCAUAUUGAUGCUCUGAGUAUGGCCAGAGUUUCAGUUAUAGCAGAAACUUUUCUUCGCAUAAAAGAGUUCAUAAAGAAGGAAAUCCAUAGAUUUCACGUGUGGGGACAAAGUGCUCUUCUAUAUCAGCUGUGUCCAACCCAAGGCCCAUGGGCCAAAUCUGUGUCCCUAUCAAAGCCCAUGGGCCUGCCAUAUCAUUUUAUUGUUUCAAUAAAAUGCCCUUUUUGUUAUCAGAUCCAUGUUGGAGGGGAAGACGUUUUACACGUGAUUGACAUCUUAUGAAAAAAUUGACACAGCUGAAAUAUUGGGACAUAUGUAUUGUAGAAGGCUUUCAUGGCCAAAAUCACUGGGUUGCUGUGAGGCUUUCGAGCUGUAAGGCCAUAUUCCCACAACAUUCUCUCCUAAUGUUUCACCUUCAUCUGUGGCUGGGAUGUCCUUUGUCUGUUUAAAGAAAGUGUGCAUGUUGCAAUUAUCAAGCUUGAAUAGCAUUGAGUAGCCAUGACCCAUUAUACCUCCUGGUGCGGUUGGAAGAGGACAGACCACAGAUGGCGGGAUAUGCAGUGUCGUGGUUCAACCUGAUGAUGAUGAUGAUGAGAGGUUUCCGGUGUCAGAGCCUGUGAGACUGGAAGAUGCAGUUUUAGAGCCAGGGAUAAUGCUGGAUUCAGAUACAGCCAAGAUGGGGGAACAGGAGGUCCUGUUAGAGCAAAAGCCUGCUUCUGUGAUACUGUAUGAAAGUACUGAUGUUUUGGAAUCCAGCAGUCAGGGAAGUGACCUCUCACCUAAUAACUGCAGUCAAGGGAACAGUGGAUUUGGAUAAACAUUCCUGGCUGACUCUGAGGGAGGAGGGAAUCAGGUGAAGAAGAGCUGAGAGACUUUGUGGGAGAGAUAGGGAGAAGAGGGGGGUGCAGAAGAAUGUGUUCAUGUUUUACAGCCCUUCAAGCAGAGAGGUCUGUGCAAGGAUUUUAGAUCUAACAACGUUUCUUAGCCUAUGAGGUUUGUUGGCCUUGUUCAAGCUUGGGUUGAAGACCCAUGAUUCAUGCUCAUGUUUUGGCUCCUUGUUCCAUGGAUUAUUCUGGGACUUCUGCUCCUGUUGUGCUCCUGGUUUUAAGCCUUGUAUUUUAGAUUUAUCCUGCCUUCGUGCUCUAGUUUUAUACCUUAUUCUGGGAUUUAUGCUUCUUGUGGAUUAUUCUCUGUACACAGUUUGGUUUGGCUUUCUGCCUAUGACUUUUGCCUGCCAGAUUGAUUCUUGGAUUCUAUUCUUUAUUUACUCCAUAGUGUUUUACCCUUUUUAUAUAUGCUUUCUUAAUAAACUGUUUUGAUUUUUA